CAUUUCACCGCCGCCAUGUUGGUUCGCCGAAAAAUCCGCCAACACUUGAACUAAAAUGUAUUGAGGUAUUCUGUCAGAACACUUUUACAACUGAAGUAUUGGUACGGAGACAACAGUGGUAUGGAUGUUUGCAGUAUGAAUGCACAAGGCGAUCUACAGCCCACAGUUGUACCAGAUCACAGUAUUGGUACCGACAUAUGGACAAGUUUGACUGAGAUGUUGACGGCAACUGGAAAGGAGUUUGUGGUGCUCACAGCAGACAGGAAGUGUAGAGAAGGCACCACAUUCGGUUCAACACUUGGUAGCAUGUUCCUGGAUAGGAACUCCGAUAUCCUGACAAAGUUCAUCAACUUCUCUGCAGAACACUACUCACUGGCAGAUGGAAUUCAGAUAUCGCACGAUACCUAUGUCACUGAGAAUAAACACCUUGACAUCUCUGACCUUGAUGCUGAAGGUCAAGGCCACAACACUUUGCCUGGCCCUCUAGUGAAGCAUCUCAUUGACCAGGAUUACAAACCUAUAAAUGACAUUGAUGUUCACCAAACAAAUGAAGAACUUACAAUUGUCAGCAUUCCUGACAACAGGAUGGAAAUUGCUGGUGAUGAGAUAGUUAAUUUAAAUUCUAAUGUUUGUACUGUUGAAGAAAUGGAGGAAGGUGAAAGCAAUGAAAACAUUGACGAGUCAGAUGAAGUAGGAAAGUCUACAAUGAACAGCAAUAAACUAGACAAGAGAAAAUUAGAAAGUCAGAAUUUAUCUAAAAUGAAAUCUCCAAAAUUACAAAAAGGCAGGAGGACAUUAGCAAAGGAAAAACAGAGAAAAAUCAGCGAUAGAACAAAGAAAGUUGACACUCAGGAUGAAGUUGCAAACAAUAUCAGAAGAUCAAGACGACUAGCUGGAGCAAGGAACUCUAAGUUUGGGAGUCGGACAAGACAGACUGCUAGGCAAGGCAGAAAAAGGGAUCAUCCUGACAGUUCUCGAUCCGAGGGAGGAGAUUCUGAGAACUAUGACCAUGCAAAGAUGGAGUGUCCCGCAUGUGGCACUUUAUUGGCUAAUCAGAACAAUUUCGUAAAACAUGUAUUGUCAGAUCAUCGAUUGGAAAAGAAAAGCAGAGCUAACUCAAAGAAAAUUUCAUGGACAGUGGACAGCAAAAACUGUCCAGUAUGUGGUCAGUUUGCAGAACCUGAUGGUGUGAAUUCACAUAUUUUUGUUCAUUGUUCUGAUGUGCUCAAGUAUCCCUGCAAUAGAUGCCCAUUUGUGUUUUUAAAGAAGAGUAAACUAGUCGAUCACCAGGUACAAGAACAUCAAGGUAUUAAUGCAGACCUGGCUGAACCACAUCACGACGGAAAAGAGGAGAAUGCACCUGAUCAAUAUGGAUGUCAAGAAUGUGGUCUGAAGUUCACCACACAAAGAUGUCUCCAGGAGCACAUGGUCACCCAUGACAACAAAAAAUCUAAAAAGUUGGACUUGGAAUGCCGUCAGUGUUCUUUGCAUUUCAAGAAUCGAUCGUCAUUUAAAAGACACAUGAAGAGUCAUACAGAUGAGAAUGUCAACAAGUGCAAUAUCUGUGAAGACGAAUUUAGUCAGAAGGAGGAUCUCAAAAACCACAUGUCGUCGCACCAGGGGGACGACGGUAAACCAUACAAAUGUGAAAUUUGUGAAAAGUCAUUCAAGUCGCGCAGUGGCAAGAGAAUGCACAAGUUAUUUUCACAUGGGGACAAGGGACUAAGCAAAUAUGGCAAGGACAAGUUUGAGUGUAGAUUUUGCGGGGGAAUACUUGGGUCCUAUCACACACUGGUGCGUCAUGAAGCCAGACACGAACAGGACAACGAGAGCCAGAUACAGAAGAUGGGGAGUCUCAUGGAGAUGGCCACAUGCAAAGUAGUGUCUGUCGAGGAAUUACGUGUAAAGGACCCAAGUUCAGGUCAAGAAACUGACACAAGAGACGUUUCUAAUACAGCUAAUCCAGAAACGGAUACAGGCAGUAAAGUGGAAUCUGUACCGGAGUCAAACAAUGCAGUAAAAUCUAAUGUUGAGAGCCUUGAGAAGGACGCCAGCUCUGUAAUGAAUACAGAGCUAACUCAGAGUAUUGAGCUCACAGAUGCACCAGACAGUGAGGGAACGUACAACAUGACCUCAAAUCAUUCAGAUGGGAAGAAAAAACGAAAAUUUGAUUGUAAAAUAUGUCAAUUGGAUUUUCCGUCCCAGCUAUUUUUGAAAGAACAUAAAAAAAUCCAUGUCAUUUCUGGAAAAUCUCCAUAUGCUUGUGACUUGUGUGGGAAAAUAUUUUUGAGGUCCCUGUCCUUGUAUAAGCAUCGACAACUUCACGACACAUCCGGAAAGUUCACGUGUAAGACUUGUCUGAAGCAGUUUAACUCCAUAGAGAGUUUACGGAGACAUGCGAAGAAUCAUCUAGACGUGAAACCGUUUAUUUGUACUGUCUGUGGGAAAGGAUGUACAGAGAAACGUAAUCUGGAUACUCACAUGUUAGUUCAUACUCAGAAAAAGGAAUUCAUUUGUGAAGUUUGUGGCAAGGCAUAUCGUACCCAGCAGCAACUGAAGGAGCAUCGUUACAUUCACACGGGUGAACGACCUCAUAAAUGUAAAGUAUGCAAGAUGGCUUUCCGAAGCCAGGAUGUGCUUCGAAAUCACAUGGCUCUUCACAGCGAGUUCAAGAAGUUCAUGUGUCACACAUGCGGUAAAACAUUCCGACAGCAGUCGUGUCUUAUAACUCACCAGCAUACACAUUCCAAUGAACCCACGCAUGUGUGUAACGUAUGUGGUCAGGGGUGCAAGUCGUCUGGUGCUCUUAACUCUCAUUUUGUGUCAUUCCACUUGAAACCGGAGGAUGUUGCAUCCUAUAAGUGGUCGGUGCAUGUGUGCGAAGUGUGUAAUAAGAUGUUUGGGGAGAAACAAGACCAUGAGCGACACAUGCGUACGCACACAGGGGAAAAACCAUAUCAAUGUGAAAUAUGUCAGAAAACGUUUGCAGACAAGAGCAAUCUUCGCUCACACAUCCGAAAUCACAACGGUGACCGGUCAAAGAAAUGCCAGACCUGUGGUAAAGGAUUUAUGUUUAACCGAGACUUAAAGAAACACAUGGCAUCACACAAUAACAAAAUGCGAGUCCCUCUGUUAGACAAUCUGACUGUGGAGACAACACUGCAAGAAACUAUUGUGCCUGCUGUCGACAACAUUGUGACUGUCAUCACUCAAACUGAUGCUCUGCCUCACGAGUCACAUGACCAGCUAGUCCCUCCUGUGUCGGGAUCAUAUGAGAUGGUGACCGCAUCGCUACCACUGGGUAGUAAUUUAACGGCUAAUCUGCCACCUAUGAACGCAGAAAACAUCAGUGCUUUAUCACUGAUGCAGGAGGCCACCAUGGUUCACAUGGGAGUGUACAGUAAUACAGGGGAUUUAACUUGGCACUCACUGUAGUGUAUGUAUUACAGUAUUAUAGGCAAUCUAACAUGACGCUGUAGUGUAUAACAGUGUUAUAUACAAUCUAACGUGACACUGUAGUGUAUAACAGUGUUAUAUACAAUCUAACGUGACACUGUAGUGUAUAACAGUAUUAUAAACAAUCUAACGUGACACUGUAGUGUAUAACAGUUUUAUAUACAAUCUAAUGUGACACUGUAGUGUAUUACAGUAUUAUAAUUAUAUAAACAAUCUAACAUGAAGCUGUAGUGUAUUACAGUAUUAUAGGCAAUCUAACGUGUCACUGUAGUGUAUUACAGUUUCUACCACAAUACACUGUGUAAACACACAGACUGUUAGAUAAAUAUGAGUUAUAUACCACACGUGGUAAAUGAGCUACACAAGUUUUGAUUGGUGAAGAAGAUGAACUUUGACCGGGACGACUUUUUCCUCACGUUUUUUGCCACAAUCUGUUUAGUUUACGUCGUCUGCUGUCAACAUUCGACAACUGUUGGUGACUUUGUGGGGUUAUGCGGAAAAGGGGGUUAUU